AUUAUAAUUGCAAACACCUGUGUCGAAAAUGGCUGCUGUGAAAAAGGUCUAUUGUAAAGAUUAAACUGAAUUUUUAUUUCAUUUAACGACACAAGUGUACUACUCACACAAUAGCGUUCGACGUCACGUAAGGACCGUACGUCAUGACGUCGAACGCGGAAGUUAUUCAGAAAGAUGGCAGCGUCCUUGACCGGCAUGUUUUGAUCCGAGUCGAGUGUCAAACAUGAUGAAGAGUUGAACAUUUGACGGGCUGCACCUCUGACAAGAGAAGAUUUUGAGAGCGGAGCAUGGAGAGACGACAGUUCAUCGCGUCUCUGGUGGCAGGAGGCUGCGCAGGGAUGUGUGUGGAUCUGACCCUCUUCCCUCUGGACACCAUUAAGACAAGACUGCAGAGUCAGCAGGGCUUCUACAAGGCAGGAGGCUUCAGGGGCAUCUACGCUGGAGUCCCAUCUGCUGCUGUCGGCUCCUUCCCCAAUGCCGCUGCUUUCUUCGUCACCUACGAUUGCACAAAGUCCCUGCUCGGCGCUGGUGGACUGCUAGCGGCACCACACAUGGCACCUGUCACUCACAUGCUGGCCGCCUCCCUGGGAGAAAUAGUGGCGUGUCUAAUCCGGGUGCCCACAGAGGUAGUCAAGCAGAGGACUCAGGCUUCUCCCUCAUCCACCACCUACCACAUGCUGCUGGCUACACUCAGAGAAGAGGGUGUCCGUGGCUUGUACAGAGGAUACAGGAGUACGGUUCUCAGAGAGAUCCCGUUCUCGCUGGUGCAGUUUCCACUGUGGGAAUAUUUAAAGACUCUGUGGUCGUGGAGGCAAGGUCACACGCUCUACUCUUGGCAGGCUGCAGUGUGCGGAGCUUUUGCAGGUGCCGUAGCGGCAUUUGUUACCACUCCUCUUGACGUGGCGAAGACCAGGAUCAUGCUCGCAAAGGCCGGCUCGACCACAGCAAGUGGCAACAUCCCACUGGUCCUCUAUGAUGUGUGGAGAAGCCGAGGCAUUUCAGGUCUGUUUGCGGGCAGCAUACCAAGGGUGACCUUCAUCAGUAUGGGUGGUUUCAUCUUCCUGGGAGCCUAUGAGAAGGUCCGCCGGACUUUGCUAUAGCAGCACGUCCUCUGUGACUGUCCUUUAUGAAUGUCCUGAGCCCGGACCUGCAGGGGAACCAGCAGGGACAAGCAUCUCUGGAAGUAGCACCCUCGUCCCCUGGAGGCCCUCCUGCACCUCCAUGCUGCUGGGCCCCACGAGAAGCAAGGAACACCUGGUGCUUGGGGGGGGAAGAGUCGUCCGUGGGCCCGAUCACAUUACCCAGGGUGCUGCAUUCCUGCUCAUCAGUGCCCUGCGUAUUGAGUUUAACAGUCUGAGGUCACACUUUUGUAACAGCACCAACAGCUUGGUGAAUUGGAAGCCACACAGUGUCACACGAGACUAGCAACGGAGCAUCUUUACUGUUUAAUGUGUGUGUGAGUGUGAAUCAAUAAGUUGUUGUAUUAAAGUCUCUUUUUUUUA